AUGGCGCUUCCCCAGAUUCAUUGCGAAUGGGGAUUUUUAGGAAUCUUUGCUCAAUGGGUCAUGUCUGUAUCAAUUCUAUGCGUCGGAUUUGGUGACUUCUGGUAUCAAGGGUUUCCAGGAUUUUAUCCAUUUGCGAUGCUUGGCGGAGCCUUUUGGACCGUGGGCAACUCGACAGCAAUCCCCUUAAUAAAGCGAAUCGGUUUGGCUCUGGGACUGCUGAUCUGGGGUUCGGCAAAAUGUGUGGUUGGGUGGGCAACGGGAAGGUUUGGAUUGCUGGGAAUGAAUCCUAACCCACCAGCCAGCGAUAUUCUCAAUUAUGCUGGUGUAGUAUUCGUCAUACUGGGGUAA